ACUCAACGCGUAGCCGGCCAUUUUAUUUUAGCUGUGCGUGUUUGUUUGUGAAAUAAAUAGUGAAAUGUUAACCGCAAAAAACUAUAAAAAUCUCAAUCUCAAAUACCAGCUGUGGUAAUAAAACAAUCUUAAUAAUGUCUCGUGACGUGGGACGAAAGGGAUACUUCCCACGGGAUCCCCGGGACCCGCGAGAACGCCGGGACAGCAACCGCGACAGAGACGAUUAUCAUGGUGGGCGAAUGUACGACGCGCGGCGGCCUUUGUCUCGCAAGCGCAGCCUCAGCCGGGGCCGCGGCGACGCCGACCGGCGCCCGCGGAGCCGCUCGCCACGGAAAGGAGACAAGGACAUGAUCGACGAUAAUAUUCUAAGUGAAAUCUCUAAACUGCCCGAGCCUAGUGAACUAUGGGAGAGUCAGAACAACUUUGCGCCUCCUCCUCACAUCGCUCCACCUUUCAACCAUGAGGCUGUGCCAAGUGCUAACCCUGGUUACCCAAACUACGUGGCCCAGCCAUCAUACUCCGGUAUCUAUGACGACUUCCCCCCCACAAUAUCGGCCGUGCAGCCCAACCCUCAGCCUCCAGCAGAGUGGAACCAGAUGGCCCUACCGCCACCUCCCACGGCCCCGAGCAGCUCUUUUAUACCAAAUAUUGAAGAUCAGAUCAAGAAAGAAGCUGCCAUUGAAUCAGAAAUGCGCCACCAAAAGGCAGCUCUGUCGAAGCAGAGAGAAGAUUACAUUAAGAAGGCGGGUAUUUUGAAGAAAGAACUGGACACACUGAAGGACCAACGCAACGAGCUGCGCGGAGACUCGCGCCGCUCCCCGAGCCCUGACACUAAGAGGUUUUUAAAGGAAAACACCAAGCUACAGUUGGAGAUCCAGAAUAAGUUGAAGACCAUCAACAAUGUGGUGGACAUGCUGAAUGGCAUCAUCGGGGAGGAGGCGCAGGAAACGGUGGAGUCCGACGAGUCCGGGGAGACUCGGGAGACUCGCACUUCCAAGAGGAAGUCCAGGUCACCAUCUACGGGCAAGUUCAACUACGUUUACUACGACCCCGAGAUGCACUGGUGCCGGGUGUGCAACGAGUUCCCGCCCACUGCUAAAGACUACCUCAACCAUCUGCACUCGCCUGCGCAUCACAAAAUGGCGGCGCAACACAUGGAGGCCCCGUGGCACACUGUGACCGGCAUCAACGAGGGGUUCCCUAGUUACCCGUCAGCCCCUACGAAGCGGACACCCAUUAGAGGUUUGCAAUUCUUCGUCCCGUCGACGGCGUGGUACUGCAAGCUGUGCGACCAGUUCAUCGGAGACCUGCACUGCGCCUCCGCGCAUCUCAAGUCUAUUGUUCAUUCCAAGAACUAUUCCAACUUCGUAGAACAAAACCCUCACUGGGAGACGGACUGGAUGUCGGACCGGCAGAAGUCGGUGGAGAAAAGCCGCGCCCGCAGCAAGCCCGCCCCCGCGCCCGCGCCCGCCCCCGCCCCGCCCGACGCGCCGCCGCAGUAUACCGCGCAUACUAUAACGUUCCAUAAGGAGGGCUUCCAUACUAACAACAGAAAGCCGAGCCCGCCGCCCGCGCCCGUAGAAGAGAAGAAGAAGAAGAAGGAGAAGAAGAAGAGCAAGAAGCGCAAGAAGGACAGCAGCAGUAGUUCGGACAGCUCCUCCAGCAGCUCCGACAGCGACGAAAGCCCCAGCAAGAAGAAGAAGAAGAAGAAGAAAGCCAAAGAAUCAGACGAGAAAAUGCUCUCAGAGUGGAUGUCAUCAAUCAACUCAAACCGCCUCACUGAGAAGGACCGGAAACUCCUCGACUCACUCAAGAGCAAGAUCAAGCAGGAGAAGCCAUCGCCAGAGAGAAGUGCGCGAGAAAGAGAAAGAGAGAGAGAACGGGAGAAGGAGAGAGAGAAGAACAUUGCGGAUAUGCAGAAGAAAAUCAGGGAGAGUGAGCGAGAGCGUCGCGGCGAGCGGCGCAGUCGGCCACGCGAGCCGGACCGCCACCGCAGCCCGAGCCGGGCCGCCUCCACGGCACGGGAGCAGAAGAAACCCGAGAUCAGGAAGAUGCCUUUUAUUGGCAAAAUGCCAGUUUACAAGUCGCUAGGCAAGGCCAAAGAAGAACAGAAGAAGGAGGAAGAGAAGAAGAAAGAAGAUGACGAAGCGGCCAAGAAGAGACAGGCCGAGAUCGACGCGGAGAUACAGAAGAAGGUGGCAGAAUUCAAAGAGAAGAUCGCCAAGGCGCAACUAGAGCGCGCGCAAGCGGCGGCGCCGGGCGCGGACCUGGGCUCGCUGCCGGACUUCAGCGGGCUCAUCCCGCCGCCCGGCCUGGCGCUGCCCGCCGCGCUGCCGCCCGCGCCGCCGCUGCCGCCCAUGCCAGCGCCUGCGGUGGUGCCGCCCUCGCCCGCCGUGCCGGCCGUGCCCGCCGUGCCCAACCUGCCCAAGGACUUCCAGGACGCGCUCGACAUCAUCUUCCCCACCGACCAGAAGGCCAAAGAACAGGCACAGGACCUCUUCAACAACAUGCCGCCCAUCCCCGGCUUCCCCGGCCCCCUCCUGCCCGGCAUGCCGCCCUUCCCCCCUCUCAUGCCCAACUUCAUGGGCUUCGAUAUGAACCAGCAGAUGUUCCAGCCCCGCCCCCAGCUCUACGACACCCAUGUGCCCCUGGUACCCGGCCAGAAACCGAGACACCCCGGCAAGAAUAUCCGGAUGAACAUGAUGAAACCGAACUAUAAUAAUAAGAAGCAACAACACCAUCAGAAUAAUAAGAAUCAACAGAAUAGGAAUCAGAAUCAGAGUCAACAGAAUAAGCCGAAACAGGAGGAAAGGCAGAAGAUUGGUAAAGAUGCGCAAGCGCAAGCGCAGCAGGACACAAAUGGAGCUGUCGCUAAGAAGAAGGAAGAACUGGAAGACCUGGCGAUGCUGGGCAUCGACGCGUCGGACGUCGGAGCUAAUUGUUAGUGGGAUAUCAAUGAAUUUUACUUAUACUUAUUACGAUAAUUUUCACUAUUUACUUUAUUGUAAGUAUUCUUUUAAAAUAAGAUGACGUGUUUUAUUGAUGAAUAAAUGGUACCGGUUGGAGAAAUUA